GCUUUUAAUUCAUUUACCACGUAGCUUCCCUUCUUUUUUUUUCGACUUCUCUUUUUCCUCUCUUUUAUUUUCUUGUUUUUUUUGAAACGAAGUUGUUUUAUUGAUAAAUAUGUCUUGGCAAGCUUACGUCGAUACUAACCUUAUUGGUACUGGUAAUGUUUCUCAAGCCGCUAUUUACGGUUUGAAUGGUGGUGAAUGGGCCAAAUCUGCUGGUUUCCAGUUGCAACCUAAGGAAAUUCAAGAAAUUACUGCUGCUUUCUCCAACGCCGACAGUAUCCGUGCCAAUGGUAUUCACGUCAACGGUGUUAAAUACCUUACAUUAAGAGCUGAUGAACGCUCUAUUUACGGCAAGAAGAACUCUGACGGUGUCUGUAUUGUCAAGACCGGUCAAGCUAUUCUAGUUGGUACCUAUAAGGAAGGUAUUCAACCUGGUAACUGCACAAAGGUUGUUGAAGGUUUAGCUGAUUAUUUGAUUUCUGUUGGUUAUUAAAUUCGAAAAAUAAAGCAUAAAAAUUGUUUAUAUAUUCCCAAUUUUCUUACCAUCUUUUCGUAAAGAUGUGAAAAUAAAAGCCUUAUAACUUAUCCAAAGCCC